AUGUACAAAAAGAAGCUUGUUAAAGGUUACACCAUUGAGGUCACUCAUAGGUGUAGUGCUAUCAUGGAUAGUAAGCUUGCAAAAAAGAAAGAUGACCUUAGAGCAUUCACUAUUCCUUGUACAAUUGGAAUGCAUGAGUUUGUAAAAGCUCUAUGUGAACUUGGUGUGAGAAUCAACUUAAUGACUUUUUUUAUCUACAAUAAGCUCAGAUUGGAUGCCCCAAAACCAAACUCUAUGCAACUUUUAAUGGAGGAUUCAUCCAUUAAAAGGCCAGUGGGAAUUUUGUUUGAUGUCCUUGUUAAAGUGGACAAGUUUGUACUUCUAGCGGACAUUGUGGUAUUGGAUUGUGAAAUAUACCAAGAGGUACCUAUAAUCAUUGGUUGUCCUUUAUUGUCAACCAUAAAAGCCAUUUUAGAUUUAUACAUGGGGGAAAUAAAGUUUAGGGCGCAAGAGGAUGAGGUCGCUUUCAAAAUUUGCAAGACAAAUAAGAAAACCUUGGAGCUUCAAGUGCUCUUUUUAGUGGAUGUUGAAAGUGAGAAGGUGAACAAGGAUGGAAUUGAUGACCUAACUUGA